AUGAACGUGAAUGAACUAUCAUUUUAUGGUGAUAGCUUUGUAGAGCUGAUCAUGGCAGAGGUAUCCUCUCAGACAUCUUUACAGUUGCAGUUUCAAACAAGCAAGGCACAGGGACUGCUUUUUCUUGCAGCUGGGAAGACAGAUUAUUGUUUAAUGGAGGUACACUCAGGAUAUGUACAGUUGAGAAUUAACUUUGGUGUGGGGGAACGAGUUCUGCAUUCUCAGCAAAGAUCUCAGCUGAAUGAUUUAGCCUUUGAACUACAUCAUGAACAUGAUAAUGUCACAUUGGUAAUUGAUAAACAUGAUAGAACUAGUGCAAAAAUGCCUGGAAUUCUCUAUGAAUUAAACAUCAAUUAUGGAUUCUACAUAGGUAGUACUAGUAAACUUGAUGUUCCCUACCUUGUUGGAGCACUACCCAGUUUCCGAGGAUGUAUUGAUGAUGUGUUGUUCAACCACAGAGACAUUUUGAUGCCUCUGAGACCUUCUCCUGGUUUCAAAAUCAUCCAUGAAGUUUCGGUGGGAUGUAGUGAUGAAUUCUUUGUGGGUGAAGAAGAACCCAUUAGUUUCUUCAGUUCCAGGUCCUAUGUUUCUUUCCCAUCAUGGAAUGUGGACGAUGAGGGAAGUUUCGAGUGUACAUUGCAAACCUCAGCUGCACGUGGCUUGCUGCUUUACCACCCUGGGCAAUUGGGAGAUUUCAUUGCAAUGGAAAUGGAAGAUGGUUUAAUUAAAGCUUAUGUUGGAAAACAUAGACAUAGAACCCCUUCUCGUAGAUCGGUCAAUGAUAGUCAUUGGCACUACAUCAAGCUGAAAUUUACUGCAGAAUAUUUGCAGCUGACAUUGGAUGAAGAAACUGUGAAAAAAUCAUUGCCUCCCCAUAGUAAGCUGCCAAUUCUGAAGGGAUCCCUCUUUGUAGGUGGUGUAGAAGACAGCAUACGAUCAGAAGUGGUUAAAUUAGAGCUAAUCUCAGUAUCUGGGAAGUAUGCCAGAGGAGGAUCCUUCAAAGGUUGCUUAAGAAACCUGAAAACCAACUCAGAAAAGAAAUCGCUGAAGAAUGUUCUGGUAACUAAGGACAUUUCAGCUGAAUGUGAAAUGCAGAGUGCUUUUAAUAUGAAUCUUUCUUUAGAGAUGGCUGUAAAGAACCCUCCUGUGAAAACAGCCCCAGUAUUUGCCAUUUCUCAUGAAAGCUCUGUCUCUCUGGGCAAGGAAGAUAAGAGCCACCUUUUAGUUCUAAGUAACUUGAUUGUGCCAGAGGGUGGACAAGCUUCACUCGAAUCUAAGCAUAUUAAGGUCAGCUUAGACUUUGAGAAAUUAGGAAUUCAUCAGUUACAAAUUCUUUUUGAAAUAAAGGAACCACCUUCUCAGGGAGACUUGAAACUAAAUAUUGGACCAGUACGGGAGGUAAAUACAUUUACUAUGCAAGAUGUGUGGCAAGGGAAGAUUCUUUAUGUCCAUGAUGGCUCUGAGGACACUUCUGAUUAUUUUAAUUUCUCCAUUUCUACCAGCAGUGAGAAGAUCAUGCCUCCAUAUUUUCAAGAAAAUGAGCAACAUGUGUUUAACGUUACUAUCAUUCCAGUAAGUGAUGCACCUGAGAUCGCACUUCCUGAGGAAAACUUGCUGCUUCUCUUAGAGAACUCAAAGAAACGUUUGACUAGAGACCUGAUAAAAGUUCUAGAUAAGGAUACAGAUUCUCAGGGUCUCGGUCUUUCAGUCCUUGGAAAUCUGAAUGCAGAUGCAGGAUUUUUAGAAAACUCAAAGCAUCCUGGAAAAGCCAUUACUAGUUUUUCUAAUGAGGACUUAGGUACUGUUUUCUUUGUCCACACAGGUGUCAAGAACUCAAGGCUUGUUCUCAGGGCAAGUGACGGUGAGAAGGUGAGCAACACUGUUGUGUUACGUGUCAUGGCAGUUCCUUUGGAUUACAGAGUUGUCAACAACCCAGGAAUAAAUCUACUCCAAGGUAUUACACCUAGGCAUCUGGCAGUUGAAACAAAUGCUGUCCGCCAGGAACUGGAAAUACAGUACGAAAUCACAGAGCCACCUCAGUUUGGUCAAGUCCAAAGGCAGCAUUCAAGGGGGGACUGGAAGCAAGUCAAUUGUUUUUAUCAACGCUCUCUUCAGCGCAGCCGUGUGAGAUACUGUAGCACUUCUAAAGAAAUUCAGCUGGAAAAUGUUACCGACCAAUUUAAAUUCAAAGUUAGUGUAGGAAACAGAAUCAGUGAAGAGCAUACAUUUCAAGUGAAAUGGUUAAGGUUCACUUUAUUGAAACACAGUCCUCUAGAAAUUGAAAAGUCAAAAAAGAAGUACUUGAAUUCUGAUAAUCUUUUUGCUGUUAUUGCAGAUCUAGAAAUACCUGAAGAUGAGCUUCAUUUUAAAUUGCUGUCUCUACCAAGAAAUGGACAGAUACUGCUUAAUGACCAGCCUUUGAAAAAAGAUUCAGUCUUUAGCCAAAAAGAUAUUACUGAUCAAAAAGUGGCAUAUGAAUUAAUCAGCAGAUACCAUGAAGACAACUAUGAUUCAUUUAGAUUCCUAAUUUCUACAAAGUAUCUGGAAUAAAAUUUGUAUGACUUUGAAGUCUACAUCAAAUCAGAUUUUGGAAACAUUAUUUUGACUAACAAUGGCCUUAAUGUUACUGAAGGUGAAGGAGAGUUAAUAACGAGCACGAAAUUGUUUGUGCAAACAGUAAAUAAUAAAACUUUCCAAUAAGUUAUACAGUUUCCUAAGCAUGGGAAAUUAAAACUUAUUGAUUUUUCAGGCCCUUCUGAGAAUAAUGACAAUCUCACAACUUUCACUAAUAAAGAUAUAACCAAUAACCGCCUUAUGUAUGUGCAUGACGAUUCUGAGACAGUGUUUGAUGAAUUUCUUGUCAGAGCUUCCAGCAGAGAGUCAGGAAAGUGGGCAAACUUUAAUCCAGAAGUAGAACCUUUGUCAGUAGAAAUUAGAUUCAACAUUUCUGUCCAGCUGAAGAAUGAUGAGAAACCAAUACGUGUGAUUGAUACGAUAUUUAACAUAGUGAGAAAUGGGCAGUGAUUAUUGACUUUGGCAGAUCUUUGCUAUCAUGAUCCUGAUUCUGAUUUUGAUGAUGGACAGUUGCUAUAUAUUAGACGUGGUAUUUCCAAUGGGGACUUGGUGCUAACAAAUGAUACUUUGCAUAGACUCUACCAAUUCAAACAAGCGGACCUGGAGCAAAAGCAAGUCCUGUUUCUACACCGUGGUGCAGAUUUUGGGUGUUUUGUUCUUUUUGUGACAGAUGGCAAGCACUAUACUUCUUUGCUUCUGGAAGUUAAUGCCACUGAUCCUUAUGUUAGGCUGGCAAAUAAUACAGGACUGUUGGUUCAAAAUGGGAAAGAGGAAACUGUUUCAACAGCUAACCUGAGUGCUACUACAAACCAAGACAUAAGAAAUGAUCAUGAGCUUACAUAUGAGAUACUCUCUUUCCCAAAAUAUGGAAGAAUAUAUGUAAAUAAUCUGUUGAUGGAUUCCUUUACUCAGCGUGAUCUGAUAAAGGGGCAUGUAACCUACAGGCAUGAUGACAGCAACAACCUUAUUGACAAAUUCAACUUUACAGUCUGUGCUAGAGAUGUCCAUCUAAAUGCUGAAGUGCAGGUUUGCAUAUAUUUGGAAAGUCAGCAGCAGCUACCAAGGGUUGCAAACAAAAACAAUCUCUUGGUUGAAGAAGGAAAACUAGUUGAAAUCAGUAAAGGCAAACUGCAAGUUGUUCAUGAAAACAGUUCUCCAUCUGAGAUUGUGUUCACAGUAAGAAAGCUUCCAGUACAUGGAUACAUUCAGAAGUUUUCCUUGGAAGAAAGUUAUCUCAGUUUUGACCAAAGGCCAGUUUUGAGCUUCACACAGCAAGAUGUCGACGAGGGCAAAGUCCAGUAUGUGCAGACAGUUUCUAACCAACUAGAGGACCGUUUUUUUCUGGAUGUGACCAACGGUGUCCAAACAGUGAGUGGAAUAGAGAUCUCUGUAGACAUCAUCCCCAGAAUCAUUCCACUGGAAGUUCAGAACUUCACAGUAAUUGAAGGGGGCUCGAAAGCCCUGGUGGAAGACUAUCUAAAAAUUUCUAGUAGACAUUUUGUAGGACUCAGCUGUGAAUUCAUUUUAACUGAGCAACCAAAACAUGGGUAUGUUGAAAACUCUCAUGUUCCUGGAAUAAAGUUAACCACAUUUACCAGAAAACAGGUGGAACAAGAAUUAAUCUACUAUGUUCAUGAUGACAGUGAAGAACUGAUGGACAGUUUUACUGUGAUAGUAAAUAACAUGGAGUUGUGGAAACAAAGUUUGCCCCAAACUGUAUUUGUAACUACUGCAGUAAAUGAUGAAGCUCCUGUUAUAAAAGUUAACAAAAUUCUUCAGGUCUGGGUGGGUUCCAUCAUAGAAAUAACUAUUGAUGAUCUCUGUGCAGAAGACAAGGAUUCCUCACCAUCAGAAUUGGUGUAUUCCAUUACUCCACCUAGCAAUGGGCACUUGGCUCUGAAGUCUUCUCCAAACAAGAGCAUCCUUAGUUUUACCCAGGCUCAUAUAACUGAAGGGCAUCUGGUAUUUGUACACAAUGGAGCAAUGUCUGGAGGUUUCAACUUUCGGGUGACAGAUGGUUUGAACUUUGCACCUCAACAGAUUUUUAGCAUCACAGCACAUACACUGGUCAUUAGCCUUGAAGAGAACAAAGGACUCGGAGUCUUUCCAGGUUCCAGGAAACCUAUUUCACAACAUGAUCUUAAAGCUGUAACCAAUGAUGUGAUCAGUGCAGGAAACAGAAGUAUAACUUUUAUGAUUGUAACUUUCCCAAAGCUUGGAAGGCUGAUCAGAGUAAAUUCUGAUGAUACCACUCAGGAAAUUCUCAGUUUUACGCAGUCUAUGGUUGAUGAAGGUGUGAUCAUGUACGAACACUUACAUGCUGAGUUAGCUGGCUGGAGUGCAGAAGAUUUCUUUACAUUUACUGUCUCCUCUCCACCAUCAGCUCUGGACCUCCAGGUGUUCCAUAUUGUCAUUUCAUAUGAAAUUACCAGAGAUGAUCGGAAUAGUCGUCUUCUAGCAAAUACAGGUGCCACAGUCCAGGAAGGAGGCAGAGUAUUGAUCAAUAAAACAAAUUUAGAUGCUUCAAAUCUGUUGAUUAAACUACCUGACAUACAGCGCUCCAUGUAUGAAGUCUGGUAUCAGGUUGUUUCUUUCCCCCAACAUGGCAUGAUUGUUGUUGGAGAAAGAAACGUUACCAAAGUAAAACCUAAUUUCUCCCAAUACGUACUGAACAAAUUUGGAAUUGUGUAUGUACAUGAUAAUUCUGAAUGGCUUAAUGACAGUUUUGCUUUUGCUGUUUGGUUAAACCUAAAGAGCGAGUCUGCAACAAAGCCCCUUAGUGAAGUUUUAGAGGAGAUGUUUAAUAUCACUGUUUUUCCAGUGAAUGACCGGUCUCCAGAACUCAAGACUACAAGGCUGCACUUGAAAGUCCUGCAAGGAGAUACGUUAGUGCUGGGGUCAGAGAACCUGAAAGUUGAAGACUUAGAUAAUGCCCCAGCUGAGCUCAAAUAUACCAUUGUUAGCAACCACAAUAAUGGUUAUUUAGUAAUGAAAAGCAAUCUCAGUAUCUCUAUAAAAGAUUUCACACAAGCUGAUGUUGACAGUGGUAACAUUUGGUAUGUACAGGAUGGAAGUUCGUCUUCUGGGGUGUUUUGUUUCAGUGUGACUGACGGUAAACAUCGCCCUUUAUACAAACUGUUCAGUCUUGAAGUCAUACCAAUUGUUCUUGUCCUAGUCAGACUUACCAAUGUUGUACUUCCACAGGGCCAGACAUCUGUCACUAUUACUAAUGUUCAGCUUUCAGCUGUCACAAAUAGAAAAAGCACUAACAUUAUGUAUGAAAUAACUCAGCCACUCAAAUACAGGCACCUGAUGAUUGGAAAUAAGCAGGUUACUAAAUUUGAGCAGGCAGAUCUGUACUCGGGAAGGCUCUCCUACCACCUGUCAAAUCUCACUGCAUCCGAAGAAGUACUGAAGUUCAUGCUUUUCACUGCAGAAGGCAAUCUAACAGGACAAGUGCUGAACAUCACAGUGAAGCCUUUAGUACAAGUAGUACCUGAUCUGCAGAUUUCAAAUGGAGUGGCUUAUAAAUUUGGAAGCAGUGACCUGGAUGCAUCUGAGCUAGCUAAUUUGACAAAUAGUAAUCCUAGAUUUGAAGUGAUAGUGCCCCCCUCACAUGGAAAGAUUGUAAAGAAAAAGUUUGUGAGCGAUGCAGUGUUUGAAGACAUUCAGACAUUCACCCAGGCUGACAUCGACGGUGGUGUUCUGCUUCUAGACAUAGAUACAAAUAUGACGGGCAUUGAUCUGCUAAAUGACUCAUUUACAUUUAUACUCAGGGCAGAUGCUGUGCAACCUGCUGUUGGCUGUUUUCAGUAUUCCAUUGUGCCACACAAUCCUCCACUUGUGCAGGGUUUUACGAGAGAAGUGCCUUUUGUAACCAGCAUGACUACUUUAAAGGUUCAUACUACCUCAAAGUAUGAGGCACCAGCUUCCUCACAGGAGGAAGAGCCUGCAGUAGCACCACGGAAGCCUGAAUCAACUAAGUGGCCAGGGCAGAAUCACUGGGAAUAUAUCUACGAGAAAGGCCCAUUGCUAAAUCUGGCAAUGAGAACAAGUGUAUCUGAGGAGAUAAAGACUACAAGCCAGGUUAAUGCCAAGAGUCCCAGAGAACAAGGGGGUGAAAGCAGCAAUGCUUGGUACAUCAUUAUCCCUCUGGUCCUGGUGUCUGUGCUACUCAUUGUUGCUGUUACUUUUGUGUGCAUUUUGUUAAUGUGCCAGAAGAAAGAGAAGACGAAAUCACUUGUCAAAAGUCAAGCAGAUGCAAUCCUCAGUAGUCCAGGUCGGUGUCUGGAAUGGAGCUUGACUGUACCUACUGUUACAGUGACUCCUCUUCUGAAGGGUGCUGAGAGAAGUACAGCAUCAACAUUCAUGGCAGUAAGACAUGAGCAGCUGCUUCCUGCAGUGGUUUCUCCAACUAUAGAAAGGCCUCUGCAAAACAGCAUUUUAAAUCUUGAUCCUGAAGUCAUCCAAUAUUGUCGGGAAACAAACCCAACUUUGAAGCGCAAUCAGUACCAGGUGUAGUUACUCCAGUUUUGGUCAUGCUAAUUGAUGUAGUAUGGAACAGAGAAUAUACGUUGUUGACAUAUAAUUUGUUCUUUAUACACUCAUUUAUUAUACGUCAAAUGAUGCACUAGAUGAAAUCUAAAUACCUGUGAAAUAAUAAUAAUAAAAAAAAUCUUAGUGAUUACAGUGGCCAUAAAAGAAGAUUUCCAGCUAGUACAUCAGCAAAGUUCUCACUUAAUUCAGUGCAGAAUUUGGCCUCAUGUAUUUUGAGUGCAUUCUAUGUAUGCACUAUUUUUUAUUUUCCAUGACAGGUAAAAUGGAAUGUUCUAUCAUGGAUUAUAUAUUUUUAAUAGAAUUACUUUUUUCCGAAGAAGUAAUUUUUUAUAAACGUCUUGUAUUCCUUCCUGAACCAUAACUUGUAUUCGAAGAACUUUAAACUGUUCCAAUAGGUAAUUGCUAUGGUGCUAAUCUCAAUAAUAUAAUUUUGACCUGAAGGCUGUUCAGAGGCCAGUACUGAAGAAACAAAGCUGUGAUUAUUUUGACGGGUGUUCAUCCAGGUCACUGAACUGGAAAUCUGGAAUUCAACUCAGCAACAAUAGUACAGUACUGAAUAAGGAUUCUGGUAAAACGCUGUGAGAUGUUGUUCGUUCUUUUGAUUUCUUUUUCCUUAUUUGAUACUGAACUCUAGCCUUUAGUGUCUGCAGGCUGGCAAAAUACAUCUGUGACCCGUAAUCCACAUGCCAAAAACUGUGUAUCUGCCAGCCAGCCUGUCUGCUGAAUUAUCUUCAGGCUUAGGUUAUGUCUGGAUGUGCAUAUCAAAAUUUCCUACUCCUGACAAAGGGGUUAAUUCUGCUUUCAGUGAAGCAAACGUAACUUUCUCUGGAGUUUGUGUAUUCAAGCAGAUGACAGUAGAAUUAAGUCCUGUGCUGCAUAUUGUCAUGUGUCAUGGAGCUACUGAUAGAAACAAUCCUGUGAGGUAGUAUGUGUCCUAUUUUGAAGUUUCACAAUUUACCCUUCAUCUCCCAGAACACU